ACGACUACAACAGAUCAGCCAAUUAUCUGCGAGCAGCAGCGCAGUGAGGUUGGCAUGAGCCGCCUAUCAGAAGAGUUCAGACCAGCAGGAAGUUACAGUUUCAAGAGAAGCUCGGGGGAAAUGCCAGAACCAGCGACAUCAGCGCCCAAGAAGGUCUCCAAGAAGGCGACAUCCAAAGCCACCAAGACCGUCAAGAAGAGGAGAAAAAGCAGGAGGCAGAGCUACGCCAUUUACAUGUACAAGGUGGUGAAGCACGUCCACCCCGACACCAGCAUCUCCUCCAAGGCCAUGGCCAUCAUGAACUUGUUCGUCAGCCACUCCUUCGAGGCCUCUCACCUGGCUCACUACACCAUGCGCUCCACCAUCACCUCCAGGCCUAUUUUUUUCUUGAUAAAGAAAACAGCCAAACCAUUCAUUUCGUUAUCUUGCAGUUGUUUGUGUUCAUGUGUUCUCAUCUGCUGCUUUCUGAAUGCAAACGUUUACAAGACUCUUUGAUAACAUUUAAACCUGAGCUGUAUGCUUUUUAUAUAAUUUCAAAUUGGACACUUAAAUAGGAUUCCGU